AUGGACGGCAGCUACGACCUAUCACCCGAGGAUAUCACCGCCGAAUCCUGGCAAGAAUUUGUUGAUUGGGAUGCCGCGAAUCCAGUUGACAUGGGCACAGAGGCGGCUUCCUUUCACACCCCAUCUGCUAUCGGUCUAUCAGAAGACAAUGCUCGCUUAACGCACUAUCUAAUCCAAUGUGGUUACGGAGCCGGGUACACAUUACCCAACACAACCUGCGCUACUUGCUCAUCAGAACUUGACACAUCGGAACUUGCACUUUAUACAAAAAACCAGGAAGUCUUUUGUACUAAAAGCAAGGCCCUCAAUCAUCCGCCACUAUCCUGUGUGCAAGGCUGUGGGUCGAACUUCCAUACAUUGAAGGGUCUUGAGGAGCAUUGCAGGACUGCCAAUCAUGAAGCUCUUCAUUGUCCUAUCCCAGGCUGCUUCGUUGCAUUGAGUGGUUCUUACCAAGGUAAAGAUCAUCUGAAAAGAUGCCAUGGAGCAAAAAGACUCGCAUGUCAUCAGUGUGAAGACCUAUUCGAGAAUACGGUGAGGCUCGACAGUCAUGCCCGUCGAAGCGGACAUUCUGCAUAUAUUUGUCGAUAUCCUGAUUGUGAGUCGACAGCCGGGAGAAUCAGUGACUUGAUUCGGCACCAAGCAUGCCACAAGAAAGAUGCUCCCCGUCAUCCAUGUCCUCAUUGCCGCACAUAUCGAGGCAAUAACGGGUUCAAGAGGAAGGACCACCUUAGACAGCACAUCAGAAAUUACCACAAAAUUGAGUCUAACUACAUCGGUCCAUUAUCAUCGUCUCCAUUUCUCUGCGAAAAUGACAAUUGUCAGGACUAUGCUAGGUAUCGUAUUCAAAAUCUUAGAUCUCUCGACGAUCUCAUCCAGCACAUGCUGACCGAGCACAACUCCUCUGUAUUUAUCUGCGAUAAAAUGUCUUGCGAUAGAGUAGGACUAAACGGCUUCGACACGAAAAAGCUUCUUCAAGAUCAUAUCAAGAAAGAACACCCUUCACCAUUUCAGUGCACUCAUCCAGGGUGUGAUCGGGUCGGUUCCAAAGGCUGGUUUCGAGAAAGAGACCAGAAGAAGCAUAUGUUUCAGAAGCACGGAAUCAGUGUUUGA